AUGGCACCAUCCACCGUCUCCUUCCUCGCCAUGGUCGUGGUUGCCAUGGCAGUGCUCCAAACUUCAUCCGCCAAUCCGCUACCAGCACCACCCGCGCACAGUCCGGCGUCCUGUUCGGAGACAUUAUUCAGGCUUUUCGACUGCCUGGACUUCCUGCAGAUCGGCGCGAGCAUAGCCGGGCCUCCGGCGAACUGCUGUACCUCGCUGAGGGAGGUUCUGAGCUCGCCGGCGGCGAUAUGUCUCUGCCACGCCAUUGGCAGAGAUCUCAAUGCGUUCGCAGGCGUCAACAUCGACCCGAUCCGGCUGGCUAUACUCCCGGUCGUUUGCCUUGCGAUCGUGCCACCUCAGCUGCCCGUCAUGUGUUACGGUAAUUUUUUGAUUUCUCGUUGCUGGUAA